UUUUUAAAUAUACAAGAGUCAUGGGAGUUUGUACGAACACAAGUUCGUCUGUAUCCCACAUUUACCCUAGGACAAUCAUUGUGUCCGAGCUUUGAAGGGAGAUAAUCACCUUACAAAAUGAGAGUGUAAAAUUCAAACGUCAUUUUGUCGGACAAAACAUCAAUAAUUGUUGAGUUUGUUUACAAAAGUCAUGGGAGUUCAAAGAAUGGAAGAUGCUUAGUGUGUAUUGUACAAAAAGGACAUUUGCUGCUCCGUGUGUGAGUGAUAUGCUACAUGCUAAUAUGCUAACUGGCAAACUCAAUAGCUGAUAACUGAACUAUUUCUUGUUUAAACCAUACAAAAUCUAACAAGAUAUGAUUGUUUUGAGGUAAAAAAAACUGCUUAAAUCAGUCUGAGGUACACCAACUUAAGCUGUUUUUACCACAGGACAAUUGUGUCAGAGCUUUGAAAGAGAGAUAUUCACAUCACAAAACGAGAGCACAAAAUUCAGUUGUUUUGUAGGACAAUAGUCAAACUGCGACAUUAAUUGACCUGAGGUACAUAUCAACCACAAAUAACAAAAUUAAACAAGACCUUUCGGUAAUUACUGUCAGUUUAUGCUGCUCCAUGUGUGAAUGUUAUGCUACAUGCUAAUAUGCUACUUGGCCAAUUCAAUGCCUGAAAUGAGCUAUUCUUUGUUUAAACAGUGGAAAAUCUAACAGCUGAACAGUCUAAAGUUGUGUGUUAAUCUUACCUGCUACCAGGUUGGUCAAGUUUAAAGAAUUUACAAAGGUUUUGGGCAUUUGUUAGCUAGUCAGUCUGGAAGAUCAGCUCACUCCGCUAAAUGAACUGAACACCACCUUUGCCAGACUGGGAGAAGAACUAGACCACCUGAAGACCAUCUUGGCCAGUCUGGAAGACCAGCUAGAACACUGAAGACCAGUUUAGUCACUUUGGGAGACCAAUUAAAGCACCAGAUAUCCAUGACAAGUAUUGAAGAACCGCUGAAACAGCUCCUGGUUGUUUGCAAGUAAAUUUGGUGUAUAAAUUCGCAGCUCCUCGUCUUCAUCUCUACAUCCUGUGAAACUGAUAAACAGUCAACAGUGUGCCCUUGAUAACAGACAGGCAGGUCGGUUAGCCUAGCUCCAAUUAGACCACUAACAAUCCAUCUGAGGGACAUCUCUACUGGAGAAUAAGGAAUUUAACCAAAGGAGUUCAAGGAAUCACAACUUUGCAUCAAGUUAGAGACUCCAAAAGGGUACAUAAUGGCGUUUUUAAUCAAAAGUAUGGUGGGGAACCCACUGAAGGGAAUGGGACUUGGAGGAGGUGAGGAAAAGGCUGAGGAGGAGACCCCCAAGGACCCUGCAGCGGCUGCCGGCAUGACUAGAGAAGAAUAUGAGGAGUACCAGAAACAGCUAGUGGAGGAAAAAAUGGAGCGAGAUGCAGAUUUCUUGCACAAGAAAGCAGAGAGGGCGACCCUGAGAGUUUGUCUACGAGAAAAAUACAGACUUCCUAAAAGUGAGCAGGACGAGAACAUGCUCCAGAUGGCAGGAGAUGACGUGGACGUUCCCGAGGAGCUGCUGAAGAUGGUGGAUGAGGACGCCACAGAGGAGGAGGAGAAGGACUCCAUCCUGGGGCAGAUGCAGAACUUACAGAACAUGGACAUGGAUCAGUUAAAAGAGAAAGCCAGCGCUACACUGACAGAGAUCAAGUCCAAGGCUGAGGAGAAGUGUUCUGUCAUGUAGUGAUGUAGCAAAUUUCUUCAAACCAGGACUGCAUUUCCCAAAAGCAUCAUAAGCCUAAGUAGAUUGUAGAACCGUCGAUGGUCUCUACGAUCAGUGAUGCUUUUGAGAAACCCAGCCUGGGUCUCUUUUAGAAAAACAAAACAAAAACAGUAUCUUAAUUUUCCCUCCACAUUGAUUGAUUGCUGUUGAAGUUUCGGUGACACUUUACAAUAAAUUUCAUUUGUUAACUACAUUCGUUAACAUCAACUGGCAAUGAAAUUGCUUCUCCUGUUCUGUUAUCAUUGCUUUGCUUAGUCUUAUGUAACUUUAUUACUUUGAGUUUGAUGAACUUAAACUAUUUAAGGCAAUCGGUUUCCUCAAACCAUUUAAGUAGCUAUAUAGUUGUUAAGACUUAGUUAGAUUUGUUACCUGAAUUCAAACUGAAUGAGUGGAAUAAACUUAAAAUCUUUAAGUUGAGUUUACUCUAUUGACUAAACUAACACUAAAAUAUAAGUGAAUUUAAUUUAAUGUAUAUGAGUUUACAGUACUCAUAUUUUAAAACUUAAAUGGUUUAAGGCAAUCGGUUUCCUCAAAUGAUUUGAGUUACCGUAACUUAUCGGGUUUUACAUCAUUUAUACAUCUUAGUUAAUCUUAAUUCCAAUAUUUACUAAUAGGCCUACAUUUUUAAACUGAUUAAAUUAGUUAAUGCACUGUGAACUAACAAUGAACGAUUGUAUUUUUAUUAACUAACAUUAACAAAGGUUAAUAAAUGGUGUAAAAAAUAUAAAUAUAUAUAUUGGUCAUAGUUCAUUUAUGUUAACUAAUGUUAACAAAUGAGAAAUAUUGUAAAGUGUUACCAAAGUUUCACCCAAGUUUUUAAAUCCCAAAGCUGCAACAUCUGAUUCUAGAUCAGCUUUUCGGCUUCUCUGAAUAUCAUUUGCUUGCCCCCCAGUUUUGCUGUUGGACUUCAUUUCUUUUGUAUGUUUUGUUUGAAUAAAUGAUGUUGUAGUCUGUUUCCUCCUCUUUUUUUGUGCAUAUGUUGCAAUAUUUACCUGUAAAUAUAUCUAACAAACAUAUAAUGACUUGAACCAGAGGCGGAGAAGCUCUGUUUAAUUCCCCCUCCUGCUUUUUUGCACAAGGGUUUGAGAUGAAUGUGAUGCUGUUAUUUCUUCUUUUCUAGACAGCUGACCAUAGCGUUGACGCAUAUGAUAUUGUAACGCUUAUUAGGAUUCUUUAGUCUUAUGUAUUAACUUUUCAUGUGAGGUAAAUAGGCAUGUAUAUGGUUGAUGUCUCAUGUGUAAACAGAUGAAUAAAAUAGAC